GACUCAAUGGACAUGAGUUUGAGUAAACUCCAGGAGUUUGUGAUGGACGGGGAGGCCUGGCGUGCUGCGAUUCACGAGGUCGCAAAGAGUCGGACACGACUGAGUGACUGAACUGACUGACUCAAGCAUAAGUCCUCCACAAAGAUGUUUGAUUUAAAGGCUUGGGCUGAGUGUGUUGUGGAGUGGGCUGCACAGGACCCAUACGGCUUCCUUACAACAGUUAUUUUGGCUCUGACUCCAUUGUUUCUAGCAAGUGCUGUGCAGUCUCGGAAAUUGGCCAAGAUGAUUGAGCCCAGGGAAAAGGAGCAAAAGAAACAAAAACGUCAAGAAAACAUUGCAAAAGCUAAACGACUAAAAAAGGAUUAAAGGAAUGU